AAAGCGCAACACAUAUAGUUUCGUGCAUUCAACUAUGUCAUCUGCAGAGCCCAGGAGCCGUGCCUGUAGGGCUGCUUUUCGUCGCGCAUUCGCGGCAGGCGAGCUUUAACUCUCCACGACAUUCACCAGCCGAGUAAAUACUAUAACAGAACCUACAUUAUUGCAGAAGAAUAGCCCCUGCAGUGCAGCGGAGUGACCCAGGGUUUCCACACUCAGAACCCCGCCGCAGCCCCAGGCGAGACCCCCGAGCCCCCGACUGCCCGCCUGCUGGUGCUCACCUGAAAUCCACACUCGCACCAUGACGGAGGAGCGACGCGUAGACUUAGUCCGCCUGCCUGCGGAGGAGCGGUACUUUGAGCGCGAUGCGGUGCUGGGCCGUGACGCAGCCUCCGUGUUCCCCACCCGCGCCAAGGAGAUUGCAGAGGGCGGCGGCGGCGGGCUGGAUGUCGAGUCCAUUAAGGAGGCGCUGGGGGCGCGCAAGUUCAUUUCCGAGACUGAGCUGGAAAGCAUUCGCACCACGCGUGGCGCCACCGCUGACGACGGCGCAGUGGCAGCGGACAAGCCGCUGGCGGAGAUCCUCAGGGAGCGCAAGGCUGCCAAGGAUGCGGAGCAUGAGGACAAAUGGAAGCAAAUGAAGGUGGGUAAGAACCGACCUCUGGACCCUGAUGAGCUGAUGUUCCUGGAUGCGGUGGCGGAGGCGGAGGCGGCGCGGGAGAAGGCCUGGAGCGAGCUGGAGAGAGCCGAGCUGGAGGCGUUCAAGGCGGCAGUGCGGGAGCGGGGCUCGGAGGCGCCCGCCACUGCGGACGCGGCGGCGGCGGCGACGACAGGCACGGCGGGCGGGGCAUCGGGGGCCUCGGCGUCGCCGCGGGGGGCGGGUGGCGCGGCGGCGGUGGCGCGGCCAGUGGUGCCGAUGAAGGUGGGUGUGCCCUCCGUGGUAGCGGCCGCCGUGCUGGCCGCACCCAAGCCCCUGAUCAAGCCACUGGUGAAGAUCAAACCCAAGGCUGCAAGCAAUGCCACGCCAGCAGCCGGAGCGGCAGUGACGGCCACGGCCGGGAGAGGCGGUGCGGACGGGGCUGCCGACGAGCCGCCGGCGAAGCGCGUGAGGGCCGAGGACGAGGGCGAGGACACGGGCGGCGCUGGCGACAACGGCAACGGCGGUGGCAGCAUCAAGUCGCCGAGUGGCGGGUCGGCAGCGGGCGGGGGCCUGGCAGGGUUGCUUGGGGGAUACGGGUCGGACGAGGAGGACGAGGAUUGAGCCGUGGAGCUGUUGUGUGUCCCAGUGCGUCCCAGUGCGUCUCAGUGUUGGUAAUGCGAUUGGUGGGAAGCAACGAUUGGGGCACGCGAUGCAGGAGGGGAUGCAGACAUGGGUUUGAGCAGCGGAAGCAUUAGAGCAGCACUAGCAGCAGCAGGAUGUGCGGGCUGUAGGACGUAGCUGGCUGGCUGGCGGCCCCGACCGGUGCUGGGUUAGACUCCGUCUUUCGAACUGGCUUCACGAGGGGGCAUGCGUGCGGCUGGGAAGGGCAAGGAGGGUGGUGGCGAGCGUCAAAUCUCAACAGCAACUCAUCUGACGCUGGGUCGCGGUGCACAUGUGAUGUGGUGGCAGCGCCGCAGCGGCAGUGGUAGUGGCAGUGGCAGUGGCAGAGCAUUAUGGCAGAGCAUUACCGAAGUGCAUACGGCAACUUGCUUGGCUUGAACGGGCAUGAGUGGCACUAGGGUGCGGAGGAACGCGCAGCUGUGUGGGCACCAAAAAAAGGCGCGCCUUGCCUUGCCUCAGUGACCUUGUCGGGAGUCUGGUAGGCUGCCGCGGCCGUGUGUCCGCCAUCCCGGGUCCUUACAUACGGCACGAACCGGAAGCAACUACAUACUGUAACGCUGCGAUCGC